CCAAUUUUUUUAUUAAGCCAUCACCAUCAAGCAAGCAACAACUGUUUUUUUCGGUUGAUUCUAACCUUCUGCACUCUUUAUUUUAACGCAUUGUUUUAAGUAUUUCGAUAAUUUGUGAUCAUUUGUGAAAGAUUUUUUUAAAAAAUGGAAGAACGCUUUAGAAUGUUGGUCAAAAAUUAUCCCAUUGAAACCGAAGAAGAAACUAUGACAUUCUAUGGUUACCUAGGAACUGUAAUAGGAAUUGAGCGGCGAGAAAAUGGAAUUUUGCUCGUGGAAUUUACAGAAAAAAAGGCUCUCGUAAACGCGAUUGCAUCAUUUUUGCCUGGUGGAAGAAUUUCUUCAAAUAUUGUCGCAGAAAAGUAUGACUCUCCUCCUCCACAGAAAGAAGAUGAUAUGUCCUCGUCCAGAAGCACGUCUUCUUUGAGUUCGUAUGUGCCAUCAUCGAGCUCAAGUUCAAAAGAUGAUGAAGAGGAAGAUGAAUCCGGUCCAUCAACAUCAAAAAGAUUAAAAUUUGAAUGAUUUUUUUUUUCGUUUCGGUUAUUUAGAUUUUUUUCUACUAUUAAUACACUUUUAUUAAGUUUUAUUUCUGAAAUGUACAUCAUAAUAAUAUUUAUUCAGCGCCAUAACUGUCGAUUUUUCUUAAGAAUAAAAUUUGAUAAAUAUAUAAAUAAAUAAAUAAUUAAAUAUUGGGAGCACA